GCUGGUUAGGAAAAAGUGUCAGAGGUCGUGGGGGCAGAAGGCGUUCCUGCCGCAGAUCCAGUCGCUAUGUAGUGAUGGGGCAGGCGCCGUUCAGCAAGUUCUAGAAGAUUCUUGGAUUAGGGGAGUAGACGCAGAAUUUCUAGUUGUUGGCUUCGGGCCCCUGCCCGGUCAGCGGAGCCGUUGUCGCCAUGUUUGGCUGCUUGGUGGCGGGCAGGCUGGUCCAAACAGCUGCACAGCAAGUGGCAGAGGAUAAAUUUGUCUUUGACUUGCCUGAUUAUGAAAAUAUCAACCAUGUUGUAGUUUUUAUGCUGGGAACAAUCCCUUUUCCUGAGGGGAUGGGAGGAUCUGUCUACUUUUCCUAUCCUGAUUCAAAUGGAAUACCAGUGUGGCAACUCCUAGGAUUUGUCACAAAUGGGAAACCAAGUGCCAUCUUCAAGAUUUCAGGUCUUAAAUCUGGGGAAGGAAGCCAACACCCUUUUGGAGCCAUGAAUAUUGUCCGGACUCCAUCUGUUGCUCAAAUUGGGAUCUCAGUGGAGUUACUGGACAAUCUAGCUCAGCAGACACCUGUAGGAAAUGCUGCAGUAUCCUCAGUUGACUCAUUCACUCAGUUUACACAAAAGAUGUUGGACAACUUCUACAAUUUUGCUUCAUCAUUUGCUGUCUCUCAGGCCCAGAUGACACCUAGUCCAUCUGAAAUGUUCAUUCCGGCAAAUGUGGUUCUGAAAUGGUAUGAAAAUUUUCAAAGACGACUAACACAGAACCCUCUCUUUUGGAAAACAUAAUGAUUUGAAUAAAAUAAUUUUCAAUGGA